UUCAUUUUUUGUAUCAGAUCGCGUAUGGACUAAAAAUCACUUUUCUACUAUUUUUAUUAUUUUAUAUUAUUUUAUAAAGAAGUAACAAGUGUGGAAGUUUGUAGCGAGCAGCGGUCAAACGUAGCGCAACAAAACAGAAUUGUUUUUUUUAUUAUAUACCAGAAAUUAGAAUAUAGUGUGCUUAUUUAUUUUGAAUUUUUAAGUGAAAUUCUUUUAUUUUUGGAUUUUUUUUUUUAAAGAAAAUAUUGUGUUUUGCCCAAUUUGGAUUAAUUCUUUUUCUCGUCAAUAAUUGGAAUUUAAUACGAAUUGGAAGAUGACGCAAGUAACGAAUAAUAGAAUGACGGAAAUAACAGCAAGUUCACAAAAUGAACAAGAUUUCCCAGAUCGAAUCGCGGCAACAUUUACGAAUAAAGUGUUAUUUAUCACGGGUGGUACUGGUUUUAUGGGAAAAGUACUUUUGGAAAAAUUUCUUAGACGUUGUUCAGAUAUUGAUACAAUUUACCUUUUAGUGCGAAAUAAGAAAGGUAAAGAUCCAGUUCAACGUAUUGCAGAAAUUUUUACUUCACCUUUAUUUGACUUAGUGAAAAAGCAACGUGGUGGCGUUAAACCAUUAUUAAAACAAGUUCGUCCAAUAUUAGGUGAUGUAUCUUUACCAGAUUUAGGUAUAAGUAAAGAUGAUCGUCAAGAAUUAACUGAACGUGUACAAAUUAUCUACCAUUGUGCUGCAACAAUACGAUUCGAUGAAUGUUUAAAGAAAGCUGUACUAUUAAAUACACGUGGUACAAAAUUAAUGUUACAAUUGGCUAAAGAAUGUAAACAAUUGUUAUUGUUUAUACAUAUGUCUACAUCAUAUUGUCAUUUACAUGUCAAACAUUUAUUAGAAAAGCCUUACGAUCCCCCAGCCGAUCCACAUAAUAUUAUAAAAUGUGUCGAAUGGAUGGACGAAGAUGUAAUCGAAAGCAUUACAGAUAAGUUAUUGGGAAAUUUGCCAAAUACAUACGCUUUCACAAAAGCAUUAAGUGAAGGACUAGUAAAUGAACAAAUGGACAAGUUACCUGUAGUCAUUUUACGUCCAUCAAUUGUUAUACCAAUUUGGAGAGAGCCAUUACCUGGAUGGACAGACAAUAUUAAUGGUCCCACUGGGUUAUUAAUUGGAGCUGGAAAAGGAGUUAUACGUACAAUGUUUUGUGAUGAUUCUGGAUAUGCUGAUUAUUUACCGGUAGAUGUUGCAGCCAAUGGUGUUCUAGUUGGAACUUGGAAUUUUAUUUCGAAUAAUGAUAGAACUCGACGUGUAUUCCAUUUAACAAGUUCGGCUGAAAUAAAAGUAUCAUGGCGUGAAUUAAUCGAAUUAGGACGAAAAAUUAUACAAGAAAAAAUGCCAUUAAAUGGUGUUGUAUGGUAUCCUGGCGGGUCAAUGAAAAAAACUCGAUUUGCUCAUAAUAUUGCAAUGUUUUUAUUCCAUUUAGUUCCAGCUUUAUUUUUGGAUUUCAUUUUAAUUUGUACAGGACAUAAACCAGUCUUAAUGCGGGUGCAAAGACGUGUCAACAAAGGUUUUGAAGUUUUCGAAUAUUAUGCAAAUAAUACAUGGGAAUUUUCAAAUGAAAAUGGUCUAGCAAUAAGAGCGAUGUUGAAUCCACGUGAGCGACAAUUAUACAAAAUUGAUGGGGACGGUGUUGACUUGGAAGCAUACUUUACAGACUGUAUACAUGCUGCAAGACUGUAUAUCUUAAAAGAGACUGAUGAUACAAUCCCAGCUGCCAGAAGACAUAUGAAAGUAAUGUGGUGGGUAGAUAAAAUUUCCAAAACUUUAAUCAUCAUUUUAUUUAUGUGGCUUUUAUCAAAACUUUUUUUUUCGACAUUACCCAUACCCUCCUACUUUAUGCACCCGAAAUGAAACAUUCAUACCAUUAAUUAAUAAAUUAAUUUAAAAAAAUUAUUUU